AUGACAGAUGAAAAAUCCGACAAUAUGGGAGAUCCAAUAAAAGAUAAACAUGGUGAUUUGAAUGUUAAUGCAUCGAAUCCAGUAAAUAUUGAUCCUCAAUUUAUGGGUGAUUAUCCAUCACCAAAACUAACAACUUCAAAAGUACCUGAGAUGGCUCCAUCCACUGAAGCAGCAACUGAAUCACCUGCAAUUAAUCGUCCACCCAAACCUCCUGGACCUGCAUUAGGUCCUUAUUUUCAAUUGAUUUCGACAGAUUUAAAUAAAAUGUUAUGGAUGGGUAGUGCAUUGAUCUUUCGACAUGUUUCAUUCAAUCAACCAAACAUUGAAUUUAUUUGUGAUGUAAAUGUUGAUUAUAAUUGGGAAAUUUUAUAUGAAAAUAUUUUCGAUUUAUGUGCUUAUCGUGUUAAUAUUUACAUUGAAUUACGUCCAGGAGAAGGUGAAGAUAAAAUUAUUUGGAAGAUCGAUUGGGGUAAUGAAAUAACAGAUGGUUCAUUUCUUAUUGCUCGUUGUGAUCAAAAAUGGCGUGGAGGUUUUUUUUCAUGUAAUGGUUUUGAUGCUUACGUUCCAGAACGAGUUGCAGAAAAUUUAACUUACGCAAAUGUUUGGAAUCAUCUUCUUUCUAUCCAUGAAGAAAAUCCAUUACAUUUAUUGAUAUGGGGUGGUGAUCAAAAUUAUAUUGAUUUCAUUUUUGAAGAUAUUCCAUUUCUUCGUGCUUGGCUCAAUAUGGAAUGGAAUGAAAAAUGGACAACUGAUUAUCGAGAUGAUGUUCGAGAACAAGUUGAACAAUAUCAUUUUUAUACUUAUGCAGAGAAUUGGGAACGUCGUCCUGAAGUGAAAAGAGCUCUUUCAUCAAUUCCAAGCUUAAUGAUGUGGGAUGAUCAUGAUAUUUUCGAUGGUGCUGGAUCUUAUCCUCCUUUACUUCAUGAUAGUCCAAUGAUGAUGGGAUUAUUUUUAGCAGCACAAAAAAUGCGACUUUUAUUUCAACAUCAUACGACGUUUGAAAAAGCGAGAGAACAUCAAUUAUUUGGACAUCAAGGAUAUAAUUUUUAUGUUCGUUGUGGUAGAAGUUUAGCAAUUAUUGGUGCUGAUGGACGAACUGAACGAGAUGCAACAAUUGUUCAUCAUCAAAAUACUUGGGACAUGAUCUUUGAUAAACUUCAAAGUGAACUUGAUGAUGUUAAACAUUUACUAGUUGUAUUUCCUGUUCCAUUUUCAUUCAUUCGUUUUCAUGCUGCUGAAUCGAUUACUGAACGUGUCAAAAAUCUUCCAAAUAAAUGGCGAAAUGCUUCACUUAUUAAGAAAGGUAAUUCUAUCUUCAAUCUACCUGAAUUCUAUGAUGAUCUUCUCGAUGAAUGGAUUCAUCAUACUCAUAUCGAUGAGCGAAACAAUGCUCUCCGUCGUUUUCAACAGCUAGCUGAAGAGAAGAAAGUUCGAAUCACUUAUCUCGGUGGUGAUGUUCAUUGUUGUGGUGUCGGACGAUUUCAAUCUGCAGGAUCUCAUCGACCAGCACCUAUCAAUGAUCCUAAAUUAAUGUAUCAAAUUAUCUCAUCUGCUAUUGUUAAUAUGCCUCCAUCUCGAAUGGCUAUUCGUGCUUAUCAUCUAUUUACUAGUCAUUGGAAUCCAAUUGAUAACACUGAAGAAGAAUUAAUCGAAUUUUUCAAGCGAAGACCUGAAAAUGGAAGAGCAGUAAUUCAUAAAAGACUUCGUCCAAAUAGAAACUGGUGCUAUUUUGAACAGAUUUCUCACGUAAAUACAUCAGCUAUGACUGUUGUUCGAAAACGACACUUACAUAUUCAUUCAACCAAAAAAAAUGCUCUUAUGCCAACUAGUUUAGGACCCAGUUCCAAUCGAGAAGGUUUAGGUAGUGAAGAACCUCCGAUUCAUAUUCAUUCUCAUCAUGGACGAUGCCAUGAAGUAAUCCAUACGGAUGAACAACAAAUCGGAACUGAUGGUUUACAAAUUCGACUUUGGUUAGAAAGUGCUCGAAAACAUCGAGAUGGACGACGUUUUAUUGCCUAUGACUUACUCAUUCCUAAACUCGAAUAA